UCAGCAAAAAAAGUCCCUACAGGAAGCCGUCUGUUAAGUUAAGGGGGCUGCAACUGUGACUUCGGGGUUUUGUUUUCCUGUUCGUUUAUUAACAGGAUACCUCCUGUGGAAAACCGUAUCGAUAUUUCUAGAUUUUGUGGAACCGAAGGCGAUCCCAAACAUUAAUCAAAAUGUCGAUCAUGUCCUAUAACGGCGGGGCGGUCAUGGCCAUGCGGGGGAAGGACUGCGUUGCGAUCGCUGCUGACCGGCGCUUCGGGGUCCAGGCCCAGAUGGUCACCACAGACUUCCAGAAGAUCUUCCCCAUGGGAGACCGGCUCUUCAUCGGCCUGGCAGGGCUGGCCACAGACGUACAGACAGUGGCCCAGCGUUUGAAAUUCAGGCUCAACCUGUACGAGCUGAAGGAGGGAAGACAGAUCAAACCCAAGACUUUCAUGAGUAUGGUGUCCAACCUGCUGUAUGAGAGACGGUUCGGGCCGUAUUACAUUGAGCCUGUGAUCGCUGGCUUGGAUCCCAAAACCUUCCAGCCUUUCAUCUGCUCCCUGGACCUGAUUGGCUGCCCCAUGGUGACGGAGGACUUUGUGGUCAGCGGCACCUGCUCGGAGCAGAUGUACGGCAUGUGCGAGUCCCUCUGGGAGCCGGACAUGGAGCCAGAGGACCUGUUUGAGACCAUUUCACAAGCCAUGCUGAACGCAGUCGACAGAGAUGCCGUGUCUGGGAUGGGAGUCGUAGUUCAUGUCAUUGAGAAGGACAAGAUCACAACCAGGACACUCAAAGCUCGCAUGGAUUAAACCCACUUUCUCCUCUGGAUGACCCCACGUCCAUAUGAAAUACCUGCUGCAUUUUCUAAACCCUUUUGUUUGUAUUGUCAGUGAUUAAAUACUCACUAAACAAUUCA